CACCCGGGGCGUGUCCCGGGGGCGGGACGCGGCCCUGGCGCAGGGCUCUGGUCCGGCCGCGCCCGCAGCCCCUGCGGCACGGUGACGUCAAGGGCGGGGCGGUGCUCCGGCGCGGGGCAGCGCUGCGGGCGGCGGGCGGCAUGGAGGAGUUCCUGCGGCGCGCCCGCUCCCGCCUGAACAGGAGCAAACGUCUGGAGAAAGUCCAUGUUGUUCUUGGGAAUAAAACCUGUGAUUUGGAUUCAUUCAUUUCUACUCUGGCCUAUGCCUACUUUCUAGACAAGGUCAGUCCUCCUGACGUUCUUUGCUUACCCGUAUUGAACAUACCAAGAAGAGAUUUUAGCCACUUCACAGAAACAAGAUUUAUAUUGGAGGAGCUGAAUAUCCUGGAGUCAUUCCACAUCUUCCGCGAUGAAAUCAAUUUGCACCGGCUGAAUGCUGAAGGGAAAUUGUCUUUAACACUUGUAAACAGCAACAUGCUGACAAGUGAGGAUAAAAGUUUGGAAUCAGCUGUUGUCAAAGUCAUCAAUCCAGAUGAGCAGUGUGAUGGCAACCUGGAGUUACAAGCAUCUUCUUCCUCUUUGGUAGUAAAAGAGAUUCUUCAAGAGGCACCAGAGUUAAUCACUCAGCAACUGGCUUAUCUCCUCAGAGGAAGCAUUCUCUUCAAGUGCAUGUCUUUGGAGGCUGAUAAAAUUACAGAGCAGCAGGAGAAAGUACUGUCAAUCCUAGAAGAAAAGUUUCCUGAUCUUCCCCCACGAGAGGAAAUUCUCUCUGCUCUCCAGGAGACUCACUUUAACCCACACGGAGCAAGUAUUGAGGAGGAUAUGCUGAAGGAUCUCAAGGAGAUUUCAGAUGGAGAAAUCAAAGUAGCAAUUAGCACUGUGUACAUGGCACUGGAGGACUGUGUGUUACACAGAAGCCUCAUUGGUGAUCUGAAAGCAUUCAUAGAUAAAUAUGGGUUUGAUGUACUUGUCAUUUUGGCCAACUGUUUGUCAGAUGAGAAGAAAACAAGACGACAAAUAGCAGUAUACUCAGAAAACGUAGAGCUAGGCAACCAAAUUUGCUGUGAAUUAGAAGAAUGUCAGAAUCCUUGUUUGGAGAUGGAUCCUUUAGAAUGUGGAUGUGACGAAAUUCUCAUUUAUCAUCAAGAAAAUUCUUCGGUGACCUGUGAUCAAAUUUUUCUUCUGGUUAAGGACGUUUUGAAUAGAAGACAACCAGAAAUGGCAUCAAACAGUAGAACUUCUUCUACUGAAGCUGUUGCAGGAAGUGCUCCACUGUCACAAGGAUCUUCUGGUAUUAUGGAGUUAUACGGCUCUGAUGUAGAACCACAGCCCAGUUCUGCCAGUUUUUUAGAAAAUCCUCCAGAUCUAAAUGGAUCUAUGCAAGCCCACGUUGAUGUUAAUGUAGACCUCGUGAGUCCAGACAGUGGAUUAGCUACUAUUAGAAGCAGCCGGUCUUCCAAGGAGAGUUCUGUUUUCCUUAGUGAUGAUAGCCCUGUUGUAGAAGGUGCUGCUUCCCAUCACAGUUUUCUGUCUGGCUUUGAUUCCUGUAGCCCUAUUCCUGAAGGAGCGAUUGCUGAAGAACAAAAACCUCAAUCUAGAGACACUAGUGAUAACUUUGAUCUUUUCAGUUUUGAACUAGCACCUGCGGUUGCAGCUCCAUCUGAGUCCUCUUCUCAUUCUGUUGAUUGUUCCCUAGCAGAUGACUAUUUCCUUAAUAGUGAUUCUUCAGAAGGGCAACUCACUGUGCAAAAAGAACUUGAUGAGGCAAACCUGCUGCAAAAUGAUAGAGCAAAUUAUUCACCUGAUUUACUUAUGAAAAGAAAUGAUGAAGGCAAUUUAGCUGAAUUUCUUGAGAAUCCAGAAGAAAUGUGUGAGAAAACUUCAAGUUUGAUUGAUUUAGUUGAAGGUGAUUCUUCUUCACCAGAGAUGUUGAAAUCUGUUGAUUCAAGAAUUCCACCAACUCCUAUGAACAGUCUUGUAGAAACUUCGCCGUUAGAUAACGGGCAGCCUUUAUUUUUCCCACAAGAUGUCAUUAAAAAAAUUAAUGAAAUAGAUAACACAAAUUAUUCUCAGCCUCGUGUUAGAUAUGGGAGCUGGUGGGAUGGCUUUGACCUGGAGUCCAGAAAUGCUGAUACCUGGAGUUCAAGUGAGCAGGAAUCUGUAUUUCAGAGCCCUGUCUUAUGGAAAGAUUGCAAAGAAAGUCCUUUGCUACAAAAACACAUUGAUAGAAGAGCCUCAGAUUCUGUAUUCCUCCAAAAACAGCCAAAGCAAAGUGAGUAUGUGACAGUAGGUCUGUGGGACAGUCCAUUUCAACAAGAUAAUUGGAACCAUGAGAAUCAAGAGAAAACAAGUGAACAUUUGCAUUUGCAAACUGCUUCUUUAGAGGAGAUGAAGCAAGAACCCAUGAGCCUUACCAAUCUGUGGAAGGUCGAUCAGCCAACACCUGUGAUGUCAGAUGCAUGGUGUGAUGGUGAAGGGAAGGGUUCUCAGCUAGCUGGGCGCUCAUAUGAGGUCUGGACUAAGUUUGAUGCAGAAGACAUUGCUAGAGCCUCAGAAAAUGCAUGGAACAUGCCCAAACUGGAUAGAGAAAAAGAAUCAGUGAAUAUUCCUGAGGAAAGGGCCAUAUCAAAAACUAGUUUAUCAGAUUCUUCAGAGAUCACAGUAGACAACGAGGGUGAAAAUCCACCUCUCCAGGUAUCUCCAGAAGCCUGGGAUAAAGAACCGUGUUAUUCAGUAGAAGAAUAUGGACAAUCUGAAGAUACAAAUUCUGUUUUCAACAAUAUGCAAAAUAAUUCCAAGCUUCAGACAGAGGAAGAAGCUGUAUUUGGUGACUCUAAACAUAAACCAAAACAAUUUAAAAAUAUAGAGACCUGGAAUAUGUAUAAUAAAAAUAUCAGGAAAGAAGUGACCGGAGUAGUGGUGCCAUGGGACGAUACCUUCUUGUAUAAACAAUCAGAUCUUAGUUCAUCAAACACAGGUGAAGAUUUAAUUGUUUCUCCACCAGACACCAAUUAUUCAACAUCUGAUUCAUAUAUAUCACCUACAUACAUGGAAGACGAAAUAGAAAAUAAGGACAAAGAUUUUGAUGAAGAAACAGUUACUGAUAAAGUGAUAAACCCAAAUUUGACUGAGCCAAAAGUACUUGAGAAAGCAAAUAAGGAAACACUAUCUCCUAGAAACAUGCCUUUUUCAAGCACUGGAAAUACAGGCAUCUGGAACCCUCCUCUGAAUAAUGUCACUCAUUUACAAGAAAUAAAUUCUGAAAUUACUGCUCUUUAUGCCUCUGCUAAACCUUUCCUUAAUUCAGAACAAACAGCUGGUCAAUGUUUUUCAACUGAGAUACACACCAGAGAAGACAGUUUUUCUAUACCUGAAAAUAGGUUAACGCCGACAUACGAUCAAACAGUGCAUGACUUAUCACCACCACAGAACGAAUUAAAUGCUAGACAGACUGCAGCUGAAAAUGUAGAAGCAGUGAACAGUGUUCCUGUAGAAGACACAGACACAUCUACGCCAUCUUCAGAUACUGGGAAUGGUUUGGAUCUGAAAAUAAGUGACUUAGGAAGUAAGAAGGUAGCAGAAAACUGUGCUGAUGUUGAUGAAAAGUUGGAUAGUCAGGGUUCAGCACAGCAGCUGAACUCAUGGAGUUUACAGAGAGUGCAGGGUUGUGGGGAAGGGAAGAACAAUGCCAUUGUCAUCUCUCAGGAAGGAAAAAAGGGAUGCAAGAGAACAGAUGAGACAAGUGGAGAGCAAAUGAUUAGUGACAUUUGUAAUAAACAAGCGCAAGAGGACAGUGAAUCUUCAUCUAAUGCAGAUUUGGAAGAAAACAGAUCAACAACUGAAGUUCCCAGCUCCCCAGAAAAAAUGAGUACUCUUAGUUUGGAAGCACUAAUCAAAGAGAAUGAGCCAUUUUACAAUCAAAGUAAUCCUGUUAGUCAGGAAGAGAGGAAAGACUUGACACAGAAUAAUGUAGAAUUUUCUUCAAGUGCUCCUGAGGAAGGCAGAAAUUAUGAAUCUUUACAUGACUCCAGACCACAAAAUUACAAUUAUUGUGAAACAUUGCAGCUGCUUUCUGAGAAAGCUGAGAAGGGCACUAUAGUGGUAGAAGAUGCAACCAGUCCUGAGAUGGAAAAUAUCUCUGAAAGUUCUGAUAAGGGUAGUGAUAAUCCUAAAAAUAGUUCUUCUAAAAUGCCUGAAAGCUCAAGCAUCUGCAGUGACUCUGGAAACAGUGGUUGGUGCAUAACCACAUCAAUUCGUUUGUUGAAUGAAUCACAAAAAGCACUGGGAGAAGUGAAAGAAGGCUUACAUGAAGUGGCUCCUAACCAUCCAGGCGUUUCUAAUUAUGAGUUAGUUUCUUUCAAAAAUAUCUCAAAACUGAACAGGACUCAUGAAAAGUCUUACAUAGAUCAGUUUAGGAAGAAUCCUUCUUCUGAAUAUGUCAAUGUUCCUGAGAUUACAGAUUUGUCCAUGGUGGAAAAUGUGUUUUCACCUGAAGUAGCUUCUGGGAAAAGUGAAAACUCAGAAAAUUUGGAACCUGCUAAUAAUCUUUGUGGAGAACCAUGUGUAAUGCUUAAAGACAGUUUUCCCCAAAAUGCUUGGAAUUCCCAGUCUUGUGAAGAUUUGCAAUCUCCUGGAACAAGUCCUGAGGCAAGUGAAGUCCUCGAAAAGGCAAACACCACAAGUAGCCUUUCAAAGGAUAUACGAAUCAAAAGUUAUUUGGAAGAAGAUAAUGUGUGGAGUGAUUCAAUAAAUUAUUAUGCACACUCAAGUGGAACAAGUCCAGAUUUAAGUGAUGCAUCUGUGAAUGUGUGGGAAGACCUUCCAGUUACCAGUCAUCAUGAAAGUAGGGAUAUGUGGGAAACUAAAAAUAAUAAAAAUCUUGAAGAUGCCCAUAAAAGGAAUUUCUUUGGAAAUGAAACCGAAGAAGGAUUUGAAACAAGCACUGAACAGAACAAAGUUCCUAAAAGCUUAGAUUUUUGGAAUGCCCAUGUAGAUGAUGAUACUGUAUCUUCUUUAUCAAGUCCUGACAUAAAUGAGGAUUCGGAAAAUUCAGAGGCAUGUCCAGGAGUGAUUUAUGAAGAUUCCACAUAUGAAAAAAAUCAGCAGAAAGUAUCUGAAAUUGGAGAGGAUUAUGCUCAAUACAGUGCAGCAACUCCUGAAGCAGAUGAAGACAAUUUAGAUACAAAAACUGAGGUGCGAGAGGAGGUCCAGGUAGGCGUCAUCAGUGAAAGUCCUGAAACAGAUACAGCUAGGAGAAUGUUUCCGGAGAACUUGACUAUAAUGGAGUGUAAUGAGACUUCUGAAUAUUUAGGUCACUGGGAAACACUUCAGACAAAAGCUCAGGUGAGACUUUUCAGUGAAAAAACGGGCAGCAGAGAAGACUUAUAUUUGUAUCAAAUGAAUGAAGAUACUACACCAACUUUUGCUCUUGGUGAUAAAGAAGAGUGUUCUUCAAAAGCUAUAGAUAUGUGGAGUAUGUCAUUGGAAGGUGAUUUAAGAACCAAUUCAAAAUCCACAGUAGGAAUGUCUAAUUUUCCAGAUGACAGUUCAGAAUGGUGGAAUACACAGCCUUGUGAAGAAAAGCAAUUGGAAGAUCAGUAUUCCAUUCCAAGUCACUCUGCAACUAACGAGUUAACAAGUAGUAAAGAGGACUCCUUCAGAUCACCUUCACAAAAUGAAGAACUAAUAGAAGCGCAUUUCAGUAAUGCAAGUAAUGAUGGAAAUAAGCCUUACUCCCUGUGCUGUGAAGAUGAAAGGCCAGUACAUCCUAUGAAUACUCCUGAUAGCGAAAUAAGUCAAGACACUAUACAGUUAAAACAAUUUGAUCUUUCCAUAAUGGAUAAAGAAGAAAGAAGCUUGAAAGAGCGGUUGGUUUCUACAGAUGAGAAAAAUCAAAUGACUGCACAGAAUCCUUCUUCAGAUGAGGAACAAGGUAUGCCAAAUACAUCAGUUCUAGGAAUCACUGAACUGAAUCUACUAAAAGGUGAUGCAGGAAAUGAAAGUCUUGUUCCUCAAGAACAACAGCAGGACACCUAUGGAAGAUCAGAACUGCAGAACUCCAUGGUAGGUGCUUUCACUGUAGAAGACUUAUCUUUUGAAAUGACGGAGAAGUCAAGUCCAGGAUGGAGUAUUUUAGUUCCCCAAAAUGCACUCAUCCCAGAUAUUUUACAGGAUAACACACAAGACAGUAAUCAGUUGUUUUCAGUGGAACCUGACCUGUGGACUAAUGCUGAGCAGAUUGUCACUUUGAAAUCUUAUUGUGAAAAUCCUGAUAUAUUAAGUCACUGUGACCAAGACAGUAGUUCAGAGGCAUCAUACAGUCCUGAUGUGUGCCUGGAGAAUGAAGCUAAGCAUGCUUCAGACAGCCACCGGAUUCAGUCAUGGUCAAAUAUAAGUAAGGAGGUAGAUUUGGAUUCAAAGUGUCAGUCUGUAUUGCAGAAGGUAGAGAGACAGUCUGGAAGUGGUAGCCCCCCAGACUAUGAACAGGAAAAGACUGAGGAAUCAUAUCAGCUAAUCUAUUCUGAUACUCAGGAGCCAAUUGAGUUGGCUAAAACUACCAAUGAAGUUUUAGAUGUGACAUUCUUAGAUGUGAAAGACACAGUCCAUGAAAGUUUUACUCCUGCAAGCCGUCAGGGGACACCUGCCGAUACAACUCAAAUAGCAACUUCCCAAGUGCAUUCGAUUCCCAUGGAUUUCACUCUACUUGACAGGGCAGAACAAAACUUAAAAGAAAUUAAGGCCUUGGCUGAAGUUGAAAAAUAUUCUGAUACUGACCAUACAGCAGUAACUAGUGAUGAGCUAGACAUAUUAGAAGAAUGUGUGGAUGAAUCUGAGACAGGGGUUGAAAAUAACAUCAGGAACACAUCAGUGACUAAUGUCCCUGCAAACACAUCUGGUGGAAUGAACAUACUGGCAUUAGUAGGCAGUGAAGCUACAGAAAAGGAAUCAGAGGAUAAACAGAUACUCUGUCCCAAAUCAUUUCUUUUUGGUGGAGAUGAAGGACACGAAUCUGAUUCAAAUAAUCAACUGGUUGAUCACAUAGCAAAAGAAUCUGAAGAUCUAAUUGAAAGUGAUGUUCCUGUGUUUGAGGAAAUGCCCCAUGACGAACUACAAGUGGUAUGUGCUCCACUGUCCUACGUGUCUUUUUAUGCUGAACACUCUGGCAGCAGAGAGCUCUUGUUACAGCAGCCAUUUUGUGACAAUGUUUGUUUGGAAAAACCUUUACCACCACCGACUCCUUCAGAAAGUGCAGAAGGCAUCCUGACGACCAAAGACAGCAGCAUUGAAGAUCAGGUGUCUGAAACAUCCACAAAGUGCCUUCAGGAAAAUCACACAUCACUGCCUUCACUCUCUAAGUCUGAAGUAACUGUAGGAGCUUCUGAGAUUUCGAUAAGAAAAUCUGAAGCAGAAACCACUGAUCUCAACUCACCGCCAGGUGGAGAUAAAAGAUCACCUGAUGAUGCUGAUGCUGACUCCUUUCUUUAUUGGGAGAAUAAGCUGAGAAACUCCUCUCAGAGCCCUCAACUGGAAAAUACAGAGAAUAAGGAAGAUGUGAGAUUGCAGGUGCACCGAGAUCCAACUUCAGUGGAGAUGGAUUAUAUCCUUGUUACUGAGGAAGAAAAUAUACCUUCAAGAAAUGAAAGUAACUUUGCAUUACAAGAAGCUAAUGUAGCUAAACAAACAGAAUCUUGGCCAGGCUUUUCACUGUGCUCUUUGGAUACCUUUCAGCCAAUCUCCAUUAAAAAUGAAACGGAAGAUCACUCUGUUUGUGUGACUGAAUGGGACUCUGUUCACUUAGAAGAUAAAAGUUCUUCUGUUAUGCCACAAAAACUGGAUGAUGAAAGGAGAUCACAGGAAAGCUGUGGGCAAGAUGUGGGCUGGAUUAUAUUGGCCCAAAAUGAAGUUAGUGACAUAUCACCUGAAGAAAUUUCUGCCAAGUCAGAAGUGCCAGAACCAGGGUCUGGACAUUCUGGUGAAGAACCAGCAGCUGUUUUAGCACAGGAAUUGUUUCUUGAUACUCAGACAUCAUUUCAGGUAGAAACUCCCAUUCAGGAAUCUUUUGAACAUGAGGGCUGUUCUCCUUCAGACAUUGUAAUCACUGAGAACAAGAGUUUGGGCACUGAAGGAACACGUGUGUUGCAGAUGGUUGGUGGUGAUGGUGCAUGGGAAACAAAUUCUGAACAGAAACUCGAUAAUAACGUAGCAACAGAACAAGAAAUGAAGGAGGAAAGGGAGCUUCUUAACUGUGAAGGAGAACUGAGUCGAAGAUCAAGGGUGGUACAAGAGGAUGUGGGAAUGGACAUUCUCUUUGCUCAGGGUGUAUUAAACCCCACUUCUACGGAGAUGAGACCUGAACCUCCCAAUUCCCUUGAUCUUAACGGUUCCCAUCCCAGAAGGAUAAAGCUCACUGCUCCAAAUAUUAAUCUCUCUUUGGACCAGAGUGAAGGGUCUGUACUUUCUGAUGAUAAUUUGGAUACACCAGAUGAAAUUGACAUCAAUGUAGAUGACCUUGACACUCCUGAUGAAGCAGACUCUUUUGAAUACACUGGACAAGAAGAGCAAACUAUUACUACUAAGGAUGCUACCCAGGAGGAAUCUGAAUCAAUUCCAGAGUACACUGCUGAAGAGGAGCGAGAGGACAACAGGUUAUGGAGAACGGUAGUUAUUGGAGAACAAGAACAAAGAAUUGAUAUGAAAGUCAUUGAACCUUACAAAAAGGUCAUUUCACAUGGAGGAUACUAUGGUGAUGGUCUGAAUGCUAUCAUUGUGUUUGCGGCAUGCUUCUUGCCAGACAGCAGUCGAACUGAUUACAACUAUGUCAUGGAAAAUCUUUUCCUGUAUGUAAUCAGUACCUUAGAGCUGAUGGUAGCUGAAGACUAUAUGAUUGUCUACUUGAAUGGAGCAACACCAAGAAGGAGGAUGCCUGGCCUGGGUUGGAUGAAAAAAUGUUACCAGAUGAUUGAUCGACGGUUACGGAAGAAUUUGAAGUCAUUUAUAAUUGUUCAUCCAUCAUGGUUUAUCAGGACAAUUCUGGCUGUGACACGACCUUUUAUAAGCUCGAAGUUCAGCAGUAAGAUACAGUACGUCAACACAUUGGCGGAGCUUCGUGAGAUGAUUCCAAUGGAGUACGUGCACAUACCAGACAACAUUGUCAAGUAUGAUGAGGAGAAGUGUAUUAAGAGAAGAAUGAGACUGGAUGAAGAUCUGAGGGAAACUUCAGAAACAGCUAAAACUAGCUGCCUCUCAAAUGAUCCAGAAAUUACUUCAGUGGAGCAGGACAUUGACAUGACUCUGAAAUAAAAAGUAUCACUGACGGGCAUUUGAAGAAGAGGGUGCUUGGAUUUUCAUCACCUGUACACCCAUGACUAUGGUGUAUAACAGGCAAUUUGGGUUAAUUUUGUUCGGUUUAUGAUUUUUGUCGUCUCAACUCAGCAGUUCAAGCAGACCAGAAGAGCCAGUCCUGUUGCCAUGGAAACAGCAGAAUUGUGGGCCUGGUUAUUUGUGUUGUUUUCAGAAAUAGUUUUUAUUAGGAAAGCUAUAUCAUCCAGUAUUGGUUUCUAUAUGUGUGUGCAAUUUGUGUUUAAAGGGAUACCUUCAUGAACAAGUCAAUAACGAUGUGGAUUUUUGUUUCUUUUUUGUGUUUCGAAUAUGAAUGUUUAUGCAUAGCUUAACAGAAUAGUUAUUGUUGCAAUAAAUGUCAGCUUGGUUGUUUCACAAAGCAGCAGCAACUUUAUGUAAGAAUAAUUCUAGAAAUUAUGCAGGACUUCCUUGAAUCUGUCUGUUUCUUGCUGUCUGAAAAUUCCUCCAUGUUCACUUAACUCUAAUAACUUUUAUUUGGUCACAGAGAAGACUAAUACACUAAAAAAGUACUAAUUAGUCAUCAAACAGACUUCCCAGAGGACAAAUGAGUAACUGAAAUUAGUUUUAUUUUAAUAAUUCAGUUUAGUAUCUUUAUUUUAGGCUAGUUUUUACAGAAGCAGCCAAUACUGUAAAAUGUUGUCGUAUAUUCUAAAAGCCUUCGAGUAUCAAUUUGUUUUUGUUGUUUUUUAAAUCUUGUUUUUCCAAAACUUUAUUUUUUUAAUUACAAGUCUUCAAAUGGCAUCUAAACUCCAGUCGUAAAGGGCAUUAAUGCUAUCUAUGACUAUGAAACAAAUAGUAUUUCCUGCUAACAAUUGAAGGUUAAAUGUAUAAAUCCACAGUUGGGGGACACAGUUAUUUGUUAGGAAUAGAUGUCAACGCAUUAUUCAAAGUGUAUCUAAUACACACAUGCAAAAAAAGAUAUUACAAUUGAGUUAAUAUUUACUGUGUCAUAGAACAGCAGUAAACACAUGAAAAAGAAAAAAA